AUGGCUGCGACAAUCCGAGAGAACUUGCUCAAGUUCGAGCUUCGGCCAAUGGAAAUCCCGCGGCCAAAGUGUGCUGGAAUGGAAUUUGUACCCACCAUUGGACGUCAAGGCUUCUAUAAGGUAAGGUGAUGAUAAAUAUUAGUCAUUUUCAAGUCCCGGGUACUUUACUAUCAUGUAGGAUUUACUGUAGUACAACAAAAAUUUCCUUUUUUAGUCUGACUUUCUAAAAUGUCUCUAAAUAUUCGGCCAUUUUCUUAAUUACUCUCAAUUUCAUCAUUCACAAUAUAAGCAGAUAUUCAUUUUGGUAAUUUCAAACCCCUUUCACCCUACUUUUUGAAACCAUUAAAAGUUUAAAUUAAUAUUUUGAUGGCUGGAAUUAAAAUACGAAGCGCGUCUGACCUUUUUCCUCCCUUUCCCUCUCCUUUUCCCUUGGAUGCAUGUGAUGUCUCAUUUCGUUGUUAAAAACGCGUUCCUCGUUGGCGCAGUUGGUUAGCGCGUGGUACUUAUAAACACUGAGCGAUGCCAAGGUCACGGGUUCGAGCCCCGUACGAGGAAUUAAAAUUUUUCGAAUUUUUAAAUUGAAAAAAUUAGUUUUUUGGAUUUUAAAAUUUAAAAAAUUGAAAAUUUUUGAAAUUAUUCUGGUUUUUAAACCUAAAAAACGAUUUUCGGUUUUAAAUUUGGAUGGCCUAGUUCAAUAUAUUUACAUAAACUAUAUAUGGAAUAAAUUAAACAAAAAAUACUGUUCUAAACUUCACCUUUAAGUCAGUCCGCAACGAAGCCCACAAAUAUGGUAUAACAAUCAAGGAAAAAGGACCAAAACGUCCAACUUUGCCUGAUUUCUGGCAAAUGUCUGGAAAUCAAAGUGAUAGCAGCACUGCCUCAACACCAUCCCCAACUGAAAUGCAUUACACUGGCUACAAACUUGACCAAAACUAUAACGAUGUCUAUUCCAGAAGGUUUUCUGUAAGUUUUUCUUGUUUAACAAGCUUUCAGCAAGCUUGUUUGUUAUGUUUUUAAAGCAAAACGAACUUUUUCAUAAUCAAUUUGUAAAAAAUAUAAAUUCCUGUGCUUUUUGUUACCUAAAAAUUUUUUAGCUAAACCACAGCUCGACCGACUCAAUCCCAGAAGAACCAGAAUACCCAGAACCGGAACCCGACUACGACGACGACGAUGUUAAGUCUCGCUCCAGAAUUCCUGACGCUCCACCAUUGCCUGCAAACUUUUUCAAAAAACCAUCGACUGCUCUCAGGAUCACAAAAAACAAAUCUUGA